AUGAACUAUCAGUACUUGACGACAGGUUUACUGUGGGCACUCAGUUUAGUGUUCCCCGGCGAGUCAACCAGAGGAAAUAUCGUCGAGAAAAGUUUACAGCGGGCCACAUUCGAGUGCAAUCAGUAUCUCAACGCAAGACCGCAGUGUCAAGCUCGGUGUGAAGCUCUGGUGCUUCGGUCCUGGAACGACAGCUCCGGUUUGCAGUACAUCUCGUUCAGCCGCCACUUCCGCCCGGAUCGCAACGAUGUGACUUAUCUGAAUCGCACCCUGCAAUGUCUCGACGAUAGGAUGGCCAAAGUUCCAUGUCAAGCUGUUUGCGCCAAGGCUUCGAUCUACAAGCAGUGCUACUUGGAACAGUGGGGAAACCUCGUUCGAACUCCACAGCUUGUUCCCAUGCCGAAGCUGAUACUCACCAACACAAUUCUUCAGUGUGCCCAGAUGCUACAGGUGAACCCACAAGAGAUGGACUACUUCGCACGCAACAAGUUCGAUGUUUCGGACCGUUCCCGGUGUCUGUUGCGCUGUAUUACUGUACGGCAGGGUUUAUUUAGUGCAGCUGGUGAACCAAAUCUCGAACGUCUGUACGUCCAGUGUGGAGGAUAUAAGGUGGACGAGGCAUCGUUUAAGCACAACGCUAGAGCAUGCGUAGACAGAAUCCGAAUCCAGGGCUACGACAGCUGCAUAUCUGCCAUUGGGGACUUUCUGCAUGAAGUAUGCUAA